AUGAAAAGAGUUGCUACUGUUGGAGCAAAGUUCUACAAGUCCCACAACAAACUUGUUCAUUCCCCUUCCUCUUCAUCAUCGUCCGGUUCACCCUCUACCACUUCUUUUGCUUCCUUGAGCGAAUUGGCUGAAUAUCAUGGAGUGUUCGAAUCAGAAAGUGUCGUCGUGAAUUCUCCUUCUGCAACAACGACCACAUCCACAACUACUCAACCAUCAUCAUCAUCCUCUCACCAUAAAAUUUCCCCGCUUCGGCAUAUCAGUUCCUCUUGCGAUGAUUUGUCCAACAUGUUUGAACAUUUGGCAUUGGAUCAUUCUGAGAGCAACAAUAGUGUUGAGCUGAGCAGUAAUGGUGAUGAUGUUGAUUCCAGUCAUACUGCAGAUGUUCUUCUUGUUGUCAAUAAUCUUGACAAGAACAACGAUGACCUCCUCCUUUCUCAUCAAGAUUCCUCUCCUGACAUGACGACUCCCACCACCACAGCCCCCACUCUCACUUCUACCACCACUCCUUCUGUUGAAAAGGUCGUCGAUGCUGUCAUUGUUGAAAAGGUCGUAGUUAGACCCAUUUCCUCUACUCCUAAAAUUUUAAAGAAAAAGAAGAGCAAGAUUGCAAUUCCUCCUCAAGCAGAACAUCAUCAAGGAAGAAAGACCAUUGUUUUGGAUUUGGAUGAGACUCUCAUCAAGAGUUUUCAUCAAGAACCUGACUCCUUUGAUUUCACAAUUGACAUUGAGUUUCCACAUCUUGGACAAAUGGUGUCUCAGCAUGUCUAUAUUAAGACUCGUCCUGGUCUCAAUCACUUUCUUGAACAACUUCAUUCCAAGUUUGAGUUAGUCAUGUUCACUGCUGCAUUACCAGUCUAUGCCAAUUCCAUUUUAAAACAUAUUGACCCUGAAGGAAAAUACUUUUCCCAUGUACUAUAUAGACACCACUGCAAAGGCCAAGGGGCCUUCCCUGGUAAGGACCUCAGCAUUCUUGGCCGUGACCUUUCAAACACAAUUCUCGUAGACGAUGGAGUUCUCAACUUUCUUCAACCAAGGAAUGGCCUUCUCAUCAAAUCCUUCAAGGGAGAAGAAGACGACAAGGUUCUCUCCGACAUUGUCUUGCCAUUUUUACUUCAACUGAGUGAUCCAUCAAUCUCAGUGUAUGAGAUUGUUGAGAAGUAUAGAAACUUUUUGGCAAUCACUUACACAUUUGAAUAUGCCGAUUCUAUUGAAAAGUCUCAUUACACUCACUAUAUUAAUUUAAAUUCAAGACAAGUUGAGCAUCGUCAAUUGUGCAUGUACUAA